AUGCUUUUAAUGCGCUGUGUUGCGCAGACUAGGAACCGUUUUCCUGUUGUGCGACCAAUACUCCAGGUUCAUUACAGUGCUAGGUACAAGUCCGAUGCCAAUUCCAAUACCAAGACAUAUAUCCCUCAACCGACUGCUAAAGUGAGACGUCCUAAGACGAAAGAGGAGAUUGCCAAAGAGAAACAUGAAAAGGCGUUGCAAUCGCCGUAUCGGCUAGUUCGUUGGGCUGCUAUUGCAAGCUCAGAGAAGUUCAAUAAGAGCAUGACGAAGUACAUGGUAGGUAUUUAUGCAAUAUUCUUGAUUUAUGGUGUUUAUUUCUCUAAGAAAUUGUUUCAAAAAGAGAAAGAACUCGAAAAAUUGGAGGGGAAGGCCAAGACCAGCGGUAUUAAUGAAUAUGAGAGCUUGAGAAUAAAAGAACUUAGAGGUAAACUGAGAAGACGUGACGAAUUGAAACUAGAACAGUAUCAACAAAUGAUUGAUAAGGGAAUCACUGAUUUUGAUGGAAUCACUUUGGAGAACAAUGACCAAAAUCGAUUAAACGAAUCUAUUGUUCCUGCUCAUGAUACUACAGAAUUUUAUGAUCAUAAAGCAGAAGAAUAUGACAAAGCUAUCAAUAGUGAAGAAAGAGCAAUUUUAAUGGGAAGGAAAAGAAAGUGGUUGAUGAAGCACUGUGAAGGUGACGUCCUAGAGGUUGCCUGUGGUACAGGAAGGAACAUCAAGUAUCUGGACAUAGAGAGGGUGAACUCCUUAAUAUUUUUAGACUCUUCCGAAAACAUGCUGGAAAUAGCUAAUAAAAAAUUUAGAGACAGGUUUCCAACGUACAAAAAAGUCGCAUUUGUCAAAGGAAGGGCAGAAGAUCUUCUAGAUUUAGCUGGUGAUGACCCCGAUAAAAAAGAGCAAAAGAAGUUUGACACUAUUAUUGAAGCCUUUGGACUAUGUUCGCAUGAAGAUCCAGUCAAAGCCUUGAAAAAUUUCCAAGAAUUACUCAAACCUGGUGGGAGAAUUGUCUUAUUAGAGCAUGGAAGAGGGUCUGUGGGAUUAAUAAACAAAAUAUUAGACAAGAGAGCCAAAAGGAGACUUGAGACAUGGGGAUGUAGGUGGAACUUAGACAUCGGAGAGAUACUAGACGAUUCUGGACUAGAUGUAGUCGAAGAAUAUACUUCUCAUCUUGGUACCACAUGGUGUGUAGUUGCAAAAAAGAAAUCUGAUGUGAGAAAGAAGAAAGAAAUUAGCUUCAUUGAAAAAUACUUCAGAUCUGGGUUGAGAGAGAAGAUCCAACAUAUGAACGAGGAAAACAAUAGGACGACCUCUAAUGUAAAUAGUAAUAACGCUGAAAUUCCCAGUAAUACUAGUAAGUAA